GAAAUUGAAAUCUUGUAUAAAUAUUAUCGAGAUUGGAUAAAACUGGUUUAGUUUAGCGGAUAUUAUGCAGCUGAAAAACCUAUUUACAAUACUAGUAAUAACCCAAGGGAUCUCUGAGAUUAUGGGAUCCUCGGAGCCCCCGCCACAAAUGAAUGUGGGUGAAAUACCUGAGAAUGGGCAGGCCUUUCAGAUAGUGCGUGUCCUCGAGUAUAUAGUGCCCUAUCCCUAUCAUAGAGCACCAAAAAUAUCUGCCAGAGGUCCAAGAGCAAGCACCAGGGAACCCAACAGCCUGGAGAUUAUUCCCGCUGAAAUAGAAAAUUUACUUACCAGUGGACAAAUCACAACCGUUAAGCCAAAGGUCAAGCACUUUCUGAUGAGAGUUCUUUAUGAGAAAAAAGUCAUCUGCAGCGGGGCGCUAAUCUCCAGUCGUCUGGUCCUGACCUCUGCCCAUUGCUUUCCCAGGACCCCGCGUAAGCCCCAAGCUCAUUUCUAUAAACUACAGGCCAGUCGGAGUCGCAUUUAUUCGGUGGCGAAUAUAAUUCUCGAGCCCCUUGAUGACUUGGCCCUGCUGGUGCUCAAGGCUCCGCUGCAGGAUGCAUUCGUCCAGCCGAUUGAACUGUGUGACACUCCACUCCGGAGGAGUGACAAUGUCACCAUGUACAUGUCAGCCAAGCAUCUGCGUUUCCUGCGCACCAAACUCAUCGCCAAUAGGAACUGCAAGAGGAGCUAUUCCCAGGACGAGAACGCCUUCAUCACCAGGACCAUGUUGUGCGCCCUCAACUCCAAUCGAUUGGUGGACUGCCAGACGGCCAAGGGGGAUCUGCUCCUGCAUGGGGAUCGGGUGUGCGGGGUGGACAUCUACGGACAGCACUGCUCCGAUAGAGCUGUCAAUGGAGAGCUCUAUGCGGAUGUUUUCAAGGCCAGGACUCAACUGCGGCGAUUGAUUGAGCGCUACACAAACUAAUAAAUGUGUCUAUUUAAAAUGAAUAUAAAUAUUUAAAAAAUAUAUAUCUGUUAGGAAAUAAUUAUCACUAGAUUAAAUGUAAA